CGCACCAGCCAGGCAGAGGCCAGGACUCUGCCGGAGAUGAAGUAGCCGCGCCAUGAAACCAGGGGGCCUGGGCACCUGCUCACACCUGGGCCUCCUUCGCCCCGUCCUGGCUCAGAGCAGCGCAGCAGGCCCAGGCGCGCCACCCAGGGGGCCCCGCCGCCCGGAGAGCCGCCCCAUUCCAGGCGCGGGGCCGGCAGGGAAGCUUGGCAGCCGGUUCCCACGGCAGGGCCGCCCCGGCUCGGGCUCGGGCAGGCCAGCUGAGGGGUGCCUCCUCCCCACCCGGAGCCCCAGGCUGAGGAGAUGGAAGAACAGGUGUUCAAGGGGGACCCGGACACCCCUCACUCCAUCUCCUUCUCGGGCAGCGGCUUCCUCUCCUACUACCAGGCUGGGGCGGUGGACGCCCUGCGGGACCUGGCCCCCCGGAUGCUGGAGACCGCCCAUCGCUUCGCCGGGACGUCGGCGGGCGCCGUGAUUGCCGAUCCUGAUCAUCUGCGGCAAGAGAUGGAUGAGUACCUCCGAGUCCUCAACGUGGGCGUGGCCGAGGUGAAGAAGUCCUUCCUGGGGCCCCUGGCGCCCUCCUGCAGGAUGGUGCAGAUGAUGCGGCAGUUCCUGUACCAGGCCCUGCCUGAGGACUCCUACAAGGCCGCCACCGGGAGGCUGCACGUGAGCCUCACCCGCUUCACCGAUGGAGAGAGUGUGGUGGUUUCCGAGUACACGUCCAAGGAGGAGCUCAUCGAGGCCCUGUACUGCAGCUGCUUUGUCCCUGUGUACUGCGGCCUCAUCCCCCCGACCUACCGCGGUGUGCGGUACAUCGACGGCGGCUUCACGGGCAUGCAGCCCUGCGCCUUCUGGACCGACUCCAUCACCAUCUCCACCUUCAGCGGCCAGCAGGACAUCUGCCCCCGGGACUGCCCCGCCAUCUUCCACGACUUCCGCAUGUUCAACUGCUCCUUCCAGUUCUCCCUGGAGAACAUCGCCAGGAUGACCCACGCCCUGUUCCCCCCGGACCUGAUGCCAAGAGAAGGGAUUCCUGGCUCAAAGGGCGUUUUCCGUAAAAACCACGCUGCUUACCUUAAUUCUCCCUCCAAGAGGGUGAUCUUCCCCCGGGUGGAAGUGUACUGCCAGAUAGAACUCGCCCUGGGCAGCGCGUGCCCGGGACACAGUGAGCCAAGCCUCCAAUCAGAGCAGGACAGUCUGGAAGAAUCCACGCAACUUCCCACACAAUGCGAUCGCAAAGAGCAAGAAAAGCCGUGGCCCGUGGCCCACUUGUGUCCCCACCUGUACAGACACCUGCAUGCACACACGAGUGGGCUGUGGAGUCACCCACUUCACCACUUGCUCUUCAUCUCUGACUUGCCACCUGUAUCACUCCCAGCUGUGCCCUCACCGCCCAGCCCCUCACCUGGUCUGUCACCUGUGUCACCACAGCAGCAGGUACAGCUGACUGGAUCGCCCACCGAGUCCCCACCCUCCCAGCCACCUCCGGGGCCUUCAGCUGGGGGGGCACCUCACACGUUGCCUCGAUGUUCUUCGACGUCACCUGCCCAGCCAGCUGCGGAGGAGCUGGGCUCAGCACAGCCCCAAGUUCCUCUGGCCUCUUUGAAGCCCCAAAGCACCGCGCCUCUGGCGACCAUGAAGGAGACCAGCAGCAAGCCGGACGCCGCGACGAGCCCUGCCGGAGACUCCAACUGGGUGAACAAGGCGUUCAAGAAGAACAAACCAAAGACAAGUAGCGCCAGAAAAGGCUUCCCGAGACAUCCGCGACCCAAAAAGCCAGGCAGCAAAGUGCAGUGA